UAAUACAGUCUUAUUUAAAAAAAAAAUUUUAAGAAGCCGGUAAUUUUGAUGUAAUCGGGCUGCGCUUGUUUGAGGCGCUAAAAAGGGCCUCCCGUGAUGACGUAAGCACGCAGCGUUUUGUUUCAUUGCGCCACAGAAAAGGAACCUGUGGAUGACGUCAUCACGCAGCGUUCGGUUUGUUUACAGUGCAGUAAGGAGGGCGCUAGUGAGUGACACGGAUUUAACCGUGUGAAACGUAGAUUUUGAGCUUCAGUUCGACAAAAACAGGGUGGCUACGUUUGCGGAAAACUACAUGGAAUAUAUACCGUGCUGUGCAUAGCGCUAAACGGUAUUAUGAGCAAUGUGAGUGUAACACGGACAAGAAAUAAUAAGGCUGAAACGAGGAUGCGAGGUUACCUGUCGCUUUGACGGGCUUUCGGGGCUCGAACUUUGGGAACGACAUCCUGGGAUUGGCACUGAAUCGGCCGCAUGCCUGGUUAACUCGGAGAGGGAUAACCGGGCAAAUAUGUAAGAGAAGUGUCGCAGACUUCAGAUGUCGCAGAAGUCGAAUUUUGAGACAGACGAGGAGGCGGGAGUGCGGCGCGCAGCGGGUCCGAGCCGGAGGAAAGUGCGCCGUGAAGCGGACCGUCGUCGUGUCGGUGUCCCUAGAAGAUUAUAUUACGUCGUGAUAUUCGCAAAGAGAAGCCGGACACCACAAAUUAAAAAGUUACGUGAAUAGCUGAAAAUUACAACAGAUGAUGACUGCUGCUUUGUACACUUGACCUGAGUCUUAUAUAUAAGGCAUUUCGGAGCAGCUGUGUGAGUCAGGGCGCACAGCGUCUGUGUCUGCUGGAUGUUCUCUCACCGCUAGGACUCGGACCGUCUGCGGACCCUUUUGCUUUUGGGGCGGGGCUUGAAGAAUCAAGUUUAAAAUAAUUAAUAAAAAAAAUAGCUGUUCGGUAUGCUGCGGAGCUACUGGAAGUCAAGGCACAAGCGAGGGCCCGGCGCGUACGCGCUGCUGCUGCGGCUCUCCGCGUACCUGUGUCUGUGCGCGUGCGCGACGCGGCGGGGCUGCGCGGAGGAGCUCGGCGACCCCAAGACCGUGGUGCACAAGGAUGCUGACUUCGAAGUCACGUACAACGACACCGUGACCAGUGACAUCCAGACCAUAUACACGUUCAACCAUACCGUGUCCAGAAACAAGACAGAGGGGGUGCGCGUGUCGGUGAACGUCCAGUCGGAGCAGGUGGAGAACCCCAUCCUUAUCGUGGUCAGGCAGAAGCAGGCUGUGCUCUCCUUUCAGGUCCCUCUCAUCUUGCGUGGUCUCUACCAGCGGAAAUACCCCUAUGCUCACGUGGGUCGGACACUGUGCCAGCCGCAGACACGCGCCCUCAGCGAGACGCAGUUCUUCUUUGUGGAUGUGUCCACGCUGUCCAGUCAGGGAGUGCACUACCAGUUGAGGGUCAGCCGCGUGGACAGCUUCACGCUGCAGACAGACAAGAAGUUCAGCUUUGUUGCUACUCCAUCUCAACCCCAGUAUUUCAAAUAUGUGUUCCCUGAUGGUGUGGACUCAGUCAUCGUGAAGGUCAACUCCCAGAUGAACUUCCCCUGCUCAGUCAUGUCUAUCCAGGAUAUUUUGUGUCCAGUGUACGACCUGGACAAUAAUGUGGCUUUCAUCGGCAUGUAUCAGACCAUGACCACAACAGCAGCCAUUACAGUUCAGAGGAAGGACUUUCCCAGCAACAGCUUCUACGUGGUCAUUGUGGUGAAGACAGAGGACGAGGCAUGUGGAGGACCUCUUCGGUUCUACCCCCUGCGGCCAGAUGAGCUUAUCGAUGCUGGGAAUCGCAGUAAAGUCCUGGACGUUGUGGUCUCCCCUGCUAUCAACUCGGAGGUCUACGUGAUGGGGAUGUUGUUCUGCCUGGGAAUAUUCCUGUCCUUUUAUGUUCUCACCUUCUUGGUGGCCUGCAUUGAGAAUAAGAGGAUGCACAGACGGAAGGAGGGGCUUCUCAGCACACCAAGCGUGUCUCCAGCAGAGACUGCCUCUCUGCUUGGGAAGGGCCUGACUCCAGUCUCCCCCUAUGAAUAUGGCUCCAUUGCAGAGAACAGCAGUACCCUAAGCUCGGAAGCUGUAACUGACAGCAUGGUAUCGGCUGAUGCCAACUACGGAUAUAUGGGACCCGAGCCCUUCAAACGCAGACCAAUUGCACCAUUCUUCCACCUAGACAUCCACAUUGAGCGUCCUCUUGACAGCGUGGGAAGGUGCAGACAGGAAUCCCUGAGCUCUGUGGAGGAGGAUGACUAUGACACCCUGGCUGACAUUGACUCUGAUAAGAACAUCGUCCGCACAAAGAAGUUCCUGUGUGUGUCAGACCUGGCUCGAAAGGACAAGAGAAUCCUGAGUAAAAAGUACCAGAUUUACUUCUGGAACAUUGCCACGAUUGCAGUCUUCUACGCCCUCCCAGUGAUUCAGCUGGUCAUCACAUACCAAACGGUGGUGAAUGUGACAGGAAACCAAGACAUCUGCUACUACAAUUUCCUGUGUGCUCACCCCCUGGGAGCACUAAGUGCCUUCAACAACAUCCUCAGCAACCUGGGCUAUGUGAUGCUGGGCCUGCUCUUUCUGCUUAUCGUGCUGCAGAGAGACAUCAUGCAUAACCGUGCGCUGCUGCGGAAUGACUUGGCUGCGCUGGAGUGUGGUAUCCCUAAGCACUUUGGGCUGUACUACGCCAUGGGCACUGCCCUUAUGAUGGAGGGCCUGCUGAGUGCCUGCUACCAUGUCUGCCCCAACUAUACCAAUUUCCAGUUUGACACCUCCUUCAUGUACAUGAUUGCCGGACUGUGCAUGCUGAAGCUGUACCAGAAGAGGCAUCCUGACAUCAAUGCCAGCGCCUACACUGCCUACGCCUGCCUGGCUGCAGUCAUCUUUUUCUCCGUCCUAGGAGUGGUGUUUGGGAAGGACAACACGGCCUUUUGGAUUGUCUUCUCCAUCAUCCACAUCUUGGCUACGCUCCUGCUCAGCAUUCAGCUGUACUACAUGGGCCGCUGGAGACUGGACUCUGGGAUCCUGAGGCGCAUGCUGUACGUCAUCUACACAGAUUGCAUUCGACAGUGUAGCGGCCCCAUGUAUAUUGAUCGAAUGGUGCUGUUGGUGAUGGGUAACAUCGUCAACUGGUCUCUCGCUGCUUAUGGACUGAUUGAAAGGCCCAAUGACUUCGCCUCAUACUUACUGGCUAUCGCCAUCUGCAACUUGCUGCUCUACUUUGCCUUCUACAUCAUCAUGAAGCUUCGCAGUAAUGAGCGAAUUCAGUUCCUGGCCCUGGUGUGCAUCCUCUUUACUGCCGUCGUCUGGGGUUUUGCACUCUUCUUCUUCUUCCAGGGACUGAGCACCUGGCAGAAAACUCCAGCUGAGUCCCGUGAGCACAACCGUGACUGCAUUCUGCUGUCCUUUUUUGAUGACCAUGACAUCUGGCACUUCCUGUCUUCCAUUGCCAUGUUUGGCUCCUUCCUGGUUCUGCUGACUAUGGAUGAUGAUCUGGAUACUGUGCAGAGAGACAAGAUCUAUGUCUUUUGAGGAACAUCCUGCCUUACUUUCACUAUUGCUAAUUCUAAUCCAAGCACAUGAAUUAGCCACAACAGGUAGCCUUGCUGAUUGGAACACUGGGGGCAAUUACGCCCCUUCAUUUCUCAGCCAAUCAAAGAAAGAGAGGGAAUGACUCACAACCAAUCAGAGAAUUGAAGGGCGGGACUCUCUUCUCCUGCCAGUGCCAAGAAAUGACUGCAACUUAACAAUGCUCAAGUUCCCCUUUGUCCCCUUUAUUGAUAUUAACGUGUUUACUAUUGAUGGUGAUGGUAACAAUGGUUAUAAUACCGAUAUUAAUGUUCUCAUCCAUUAAUGUCAUCACAUGGGACCUGACUUACUCUUAUCUGUCAGGAAUUGCAGAGCUUUUAGUGUGACUGUCUGCACGUGUGUGUGUGUGUGUGUUUGCGUGCGCGCGAUGAAGCUCUUUGUCCAGUGCGCUAGUGGCCUUCAAUGUUCUGAUCGAGUCUAAAUCUGAUUCCGUCCGGCACUAUCCUCUUCGAUGGGAGCUGAUCCCAGAAGUGAUUGUAUUUAAACUGUCUCUAGUGCUGAGAAUAUUUUGUACUGUAUGGAGGAAAAAAAAAAAUUUUAAAAUGUAGAACUUUAUAAAUUUACUGAAUAAAG